UGACAAGCAAAGCUCUCAUUCACCAUGGCAUUACGGCUCUUAGCACAACGCAGUCUCGCCCGAGCAGCGCCUAGUCACAGACUUUUCAGCACAGGAGCUGUCGUUGCUUCUUCCCAUGGACUGAACAGAUUGAAGGAGCAUUAUCACAACAUUGUUGCCGAAGAUCUUAUGGUAUUGACCUACGACCAUACCAAAGUUUCCCCACCAACGUUGAAGAACGCUGAUUUGGAGGCAUUGUUGAACAACGCUAUUUCUGAAAAGGUUGAAGAACCAGUUGUGGUUGCACCUAAAGUCGAGGAGGUCAGAAAGCGAAAGGGAGGCAAGCCUUUGAAGCCCAUUCAACCACUUAAGAAUGGCAGCAACAUCCCUACCCUCGAUAAGAUCACCGUUCACGCCAUGGUCAAGGAUGCUAUUCAUCAAAAGAACCACAUAUUGUCUGCGUUUAUGGCUUUGCAGAGCAUUACCGCCACCAAGCCCGAAGUCAUUUUUGCAAAGACAUCCGUCGCUAACUGGAAGCUCAGAGAAGGAAUGCCAAUUGGUGUCAAGGUCACACUUCGCGGCAAGGAGAUGUACCAGUUUUUGGAUAAGUUGGUGGAAAUCGUCUUGCCACGAUUGAAGGAGUGGCACGGUCUUCCCAUGACAUCUGGUGACGGUAACGGUAACAUUGGAAUUGGUUUCCCACCAAGUGCUCUUGCUUUGUUCCCUGAAAUCGAAGGUUCAUUCGAUAUGUACCCAAAGAUGACUGGUUUUGAUGUUGUUUUCAACACCACUGCUAAUACCAAUGCUGAGGGACGACUUUUGCUCUCUGGUUUCAACGUUCCAUUCAAGGGAGCAAAAACUCAAACAAAGAAAUAAUCACAAAAUCUCAUCUCCCACCAAACCCUCCCCUUGAGAAACCAAAAAGCAUAACCAAAAUUGUAAUUUUUUUUCCAUGAAUCACUUGUUUUUUGAUAUAUAAUCCGCAAAAUAGAAGGCCAUUUUUUUCCCUCGUGAA